AUGGCUUGGCGUCCAUCGUACAGUAAUUAUCCAUUUGAAAAAUCGUAUUCUGAGUCAGACUUUCGUGGAAAUAUGCUAAAUUCAACUACUUACAAUGGUGAUGUUUAUCGUCAUAAAUAUAAUUGUGAAUUAGCAGCCGAUGCAAGUGCUUAUUCACGUGGAUCAACUUAUUCAGACUCAACAAGCAAUCAAUAUGCUCAAAACCUUUCAUCUAAAGACAAUGUUCAUUGA